AUGUAUAGAAGUUAGAGGUUGAGAAUGAAAUCAUAAAAUCAUUUAUCUAUUUCUCCUCCCAUCAUCAAAAGAAGGUUAAGAAAUAAGAAUGAGUACAGCGAAAUUAUAGAGCCCACCGAUAAAAAGAAAUAGCAUCUCUUAUAAGAUAUUGCAGCGACCAAAUAAAAGAGCUUGACCAAUUUCGCCUUGACAGUUACACCGAAAUAUGCUUAAGAGAGAGAUUAUGAUGAUGAUGAGGAUAUUCUAUUUCAUGUAAUCCCCUCUAUUAAUCUUAUAGUCUAAAGGUAAAAAAAGACCUUGGUCGGAGUAAGAGGAUAAUUUGCUUAUCAAAUUGGUAUAAAUGCAUGGUCCACAGAAAUGGACAUUCAUUGCUGAGCACUUACCUGGAAGAAUUGGCAAAUAAUGCAGAGAGCGUUGGCAUAAUCAUUUGAAUCCAUAAAUCAAGAAAUCACAUUGGGGUGAUUAUGAGGAAUGGAUUCUCUUCCUAUCACAUAGAGUGAUGGGUAAUAGAUGGGCUGAGAUGGCUAAAUAAUUAAUUGGGCGAACAGAUAAUUCCAUUAAAAAUCAUUGGAAUUCAGCUAUGAAAAAACGUAUCCCUGAAAUGGAGGAGAGAUUGAAGGAUAUUCGCAAAAGAGGAGGUAAAUAGAUAUAAAUAAUUUUGAGGCAUGUCCAAUUCAGAAUUAAUGAACUCUUUUACUUCUCUUGAAAGAUAACUAUUACAAAAACUGCUAUCAUCUUAAUAGAAUGGAUAAAUGACACCUAGAUCCUAUUCUCCCAAUAAUAUCCCUAGAAGAAGAACCAAUAAACAAUAAAACUAUUUAAAUCCUAACUCAGUAAAUUCUUAUAUUUCUAAAAUGAUGAAUGAAAUCAAAAUUGACGGAGUUGAGAGUUUUAAUAUGGAAAAUAAAAUGCUAAAGAAAACCGCUAAAAUUGCAGAUUCCAUUUUUUGGAAUGAAGACAAGGUAGAUGAUAUCUAAAAUAAUUUAUACGAGUAUAUUCAAGAAAAAGUUGGUGCUCAUGGAUAUGACCAGGAUGAAAAAGUAGACAGAUGGAUAAAAAACUUUUGGAUUAUGUGUUAAGACGUUUUUACUGUUUCAGUUAUUAAAGACUUUUUAUCACAAAGACCCUCCUUUUACUAUAAUUAUUUGCAUAAAUACAAGUAGGACAGCGCAAAUCAAGUUUCGAAGAAUUUAAGUAGAAUUUAUGAAUAAACCAAUAAUAGUGAUGAAUAUUAAUUGCCUUCUCUGAAUCAAUUCAAAACUCCCUUGAAAGAAAAGGUUGAUCCACAUCAACAUAAUAAUAGUAAUAAUAACAAUAACAAUGCAAACAAUGAUACCAACAGUCCCAGCAAUCUCUGCUUAGAAGUAAAAUAUGACGAUCACUUUCAACAUCAAAUUGAAUCGCCCUCCAAAUUACUAAAUCUACUUACUCCUAAACAUUAGGCUAUGCAUUAAUCGAAUAAGAAAACACCAAAUCUCAAAUCAGAAAACAAAAGCUUUAUUUAGCAUUCUUAAUUUAAAGAUAAUUUAAGUUUGAGCAAACUAAAAUUUGAAACUACUCCACUUAAAAAAAAUUCAGCUUUCAAAUUUUAUAAUAAAUUACAAUAACAUUAGUAGUAGUAGUAGUAGCUUUGA